AUGACCAUCGACGAGGAAGGAAUUCCCGCGGAGGAAGGCGAUUCGCCGAGCGAGGAUCUCUACACGAAGAGGAAGAAAAAAAAAGAAAGAAACGAAAGUGUCUACUUUGAUAAGUUGAGGAAGAGUGAAUAUAUCUGUGUGGAAAUCCCAGGGAGGGUCAAAAAAGGAAGCAGGGGAUUGUCAGCCGUGGAAAGCUUAGGGGGCAUAAAAAAAAUAACAGAAUUAUUUCAUCUCCAGAAAAAUGGACACAGAAAUGAUGAAAAUUUAAUCCUUAGAGUUAACAAUAAUGACAUGUUUUCCUCCUUCGUGUCAGCCAAUUCAGCAAAAGUGAACAAUGUAUUAAUUAAGGUUAAAAGGACAAGGAAAAAUAUGUACCAAUUUGAAUUUCUGGGGUUUGUUCGAUAUAUGUACUACUUUGAUAACAUGCUUGACUUUUAUUAUAUUCCCACGUUUUAUAAUAGGCGCGAUUACAGUACUAAUUAUAUACACUACUUAACAAGGGGUGGACAGGAGAGGGGAAAAAAAAAGAAAAAAAAAAAAAAAUCAGCCGAAGUGGAAGUGGAGAAAGGGGAAGGAAGAUCGCGUGAUGCCUUUGACCAUUUGGAAAAUCCUCUAGCAGAUGAGACGAAUGAACAAUUCUUCCCGAGAACGUUCGCUCCCAGUGGAGAUAUGCUGGCCGACAGAGCGAUAGGACAACUCGGUCCCCACCAAAAUGGUGACAAAGAAAAUAUGCCCCACAUGGAUUACUUUUCAAAUGGUCAAACACAAAGUUGGAACAACAUGAUGGACACACAGAUGUACAACCAUACGAGGCAAACCUCAAGUAUGAUGAACAUAAGUGUACAAAUGUAUGAUUCUGAUAAAAUGGCUAACUAUGAACGAGGCUAUUCUCAAAAUAUGAGCAAUAAAAAUCACGUUGGACAUAAUAAAGAAGCCCCUAUAUUUUUAGCUAAAUGUGGAAGCAAGGAGAACGAUGAAAAUUUCUUUGUGGCCAAUUCGAACGGAGAUGGCCUCCACCGAAUGAGCAUUGGAGAUAAGGAGGAAGAAAAUCAUAUGGACUCCUUAAAGGACAUGCGAAUUGGUGAAAUAGGGAAAGGUGUGGGAAUUUCCAUGUCCAGCAACAGUAUGAACGUUGCGAUGUCUGGAACCCCCCUAGAAGUAAAUGCCCAAAUGCAACUUCCAAAUGGAGGACCAUCCCCUUCUGACGACGCCAGAUUUAAUCACCUGAUGCAGACGCAUACCCAAGAGGAUGACUACUUUUCAGAUUCAGAUUACAAUGAAUUGUACAAAAAAGUAAUAAGCUGUAAAAGUAAUAUUGAAUUAUUCGACCAUGUGAAGGAGAGUGAAUUUUCCACGGACGAAAGUGAAGGAUACGAAUUAAAUUGUUGCAUCCAUAGCAAAAGUACCAAUCCAUAUUACUACAGAAAUUACGAAGCAACAACUACCAGUAGGUAUCUGAGGGAGUAUAGAUAUUUAAUAAGCAAAUUUACAGCGCCGAUUUCUUCGAAUGUGGAAGCAAGCAAAGAAGAAAUGGAGAAGUUUAUUCAAGAGCUUAUCAUUAACAGAACAGAACAGGGAGCACGGGGAGGUUCCACACUGCAGAGCGUGGUUGGGAUGGCCCCACAUUUGCAGGAGGUGGUCGAGGAACAAGUGCAAAAUCGUAACAAUUGGGGUAAACCCGUUGGUGAGUAUAGCGAUGCAAGAGGAGUGUUGGACGUGAGGGGGGGUGACGACGGGGAGAAUCGUACAGGUGAAGAUGCAGGUGUGCAUUGUGAUGACCACCCGGAUAACCUCUCCGAUGGGGAAGAACUGCUGAUGAAGUUCCCGGAAAGGAGCGGCCCGGCUCAGGACGACCAAGAAACGAACGAAUCUAAAACCGCAAGCCGAAGUGUAAACCACACAGAAAAGCAGAGCAACCAAAUUAUAGUAAGUAAAAAAACAGUCCACUGUAACCCUAUAGCCAAAUUUGAUGACCCCACAUUUCCAUCUAUCCCAUUCGAUUCUGCAUUAAAGAAAUACGUGUCCGAUAAGUUAUAUAAAAGGGUUAAGGAUCUGUUCGAAGUGAGACCCAUCUGGUCAAAGGAAGUAAUAUUGGAACAUCUUGAUAGUGUGAGCACAUACUGUCUCAAGAGUUGCUUCUCUCGAAUUUGCUUCUACUUCACGGAUGGCCCCUGGAGGCGCACCUAUUGUAAAUAUGGCUACGAUCCGAGGAAGGACCCUUCCAGUUAUAUCUACCAAACCAUAGAUUUUCGGGACAACUAUUUUAGGGAGAUUAAGAUGAAGAGUGCAAAUGAAAUGAACAAAGUUAUUCUAAAGAGAAAAAACUUUAUCGAUAGAGUAGUUACAAAAAUUAUCAAAAGGGUAAAUAUUACAGGUACAAGGAACACAAAUAAAAAGGGCAAACGAGAGGAAGAGAGCACUUCGCAAAAGGGGAGUAACACAAUGAGUGUGAAAGAAGAAUCUAACACAGACAAAGUGCACAGCGAUGAAAACGAGAAAAGAGAUUUUAACAUAUAUUCCGAAUUGUCGCAAAAUUUCUCCCAGCAUCAUGACGAUAAUCUGGGUAGUAUGUCCUAUGGGGACAAGUCUGUUUACCAUCCAUCAACAAGCAACCAAUACCCGAAAGAUAUAGGUGAUCUUAAAAAUAUGUUCGACAUAUAUUCAAGUGCUGCCUCCUCAAAUGAUGAAAUUACUCCCCAGAUGGAUGAAGAAAUUAAUGACAUUUUUCAAUUUUUAAAAAAAUCAAUCACCUUUCAUUUGAGAAAAAGUUUUUCAGCUGAGUCCCACUUUUCCGUAAGUCCCUUGAAACUUUCAACGGUGUAUCAAUACAUAGACAUAUAUGACAACAACGUCGCAGAUUAUUUAUCCAAUUUGAAGACGCAAGACGUGUGUACGAAGGAUUACGGGUGGAUGAACAGCAACGAUAUUGCCAAAAUUAGGGAUAUUCUGUUCGUCCGGUCGGUUACGCUGAGGAGGGCCCAUUUAAAGUGA